AUGAAUUCCCCUCUCGAACAGUCGUCUACCGUCAUAUUUUCAGAGCCAUCCUGCCUCAGCAGGAGCCAGUUACAUUUGCAUCAGAAACCUCCUCCACUGUCUCCUUACCUCCUUUCCAGGCUCCGAGACUACGAACAUCGUCACAAGCGCUGCGAUCCCCUCUCGGAGCCCUUCCAACGGGACUCUCGGGAGCUCGACAGGGUAAAGAAGAAAAAUGCAGACUCUGCAUCCGAUUGCAGAUACAUUGUCUUCACGCCGUUCGCAGGAAUGGGGAACAGGAUGCUAGCACUGUCCUCUGCAUUUCUCUACGCUCUCCUCACCGAUCGUGUCCUCCUCGUCGAUUUCGACCCCUCGAUGCGAGGUCUCUUCUGCGAGCCGUUUCACAACUCGACCUGGCUCCUUCCGCAAGAAUUUACUUUCAUGGACCGAGUCAAGAGUCGGGAGUUCAAGGAAGUUUUCAGCCUUGGCAACUUGUUGAAGAACCAGAACCAGAAUCAGAACCAGAAGCUGGCGCUUGAUCUUUCGACCGAAUACAACGAUUACGACAAGCUCUUCUACAGAGACGAGACUCAGGAACUCGUGAAGAAUGUCCCCUGGCUGGUCCUGAAAUCAAACCAGUACUUUCUGCCUUACUUGUUCCUGUUGCCCUGCUUCAGGACAGAAUUGGACCAACUGUUUCCUGACAAGGAGAUUGUUUUCCACCACUUGGCCAGAUACCUCUUCAACCCAUCAAAUCAAGCCUGGGGCCGCAUCACCAGAUUCUACGACGCUUACUUGGCGCGAGCAGAGCAGAGGAUCGGGCUUCAGAUUCGGGUCCUCGACCCCGAAAACUACCCACCUUCAUUCAUUUUGCCACACAUAUUGAGGUGCAUUCAGGACGAAUCUCGAAUCCUGCCACGAUUACAGCGAAAUGAGGCAACCACAUCGCGAAUCGGGACAUCGAAGGCAGUUUUCAUCGCGUCAUUGUUCACCGAGUUCUACUCGGAGCUGAAGGACAUGUACUGGACGAGGCCGAUCGCUGAUGGGGAGGAAACAGCAUCGGUUGCGGUUUAUCGGGCGAGUCACGAGAGGAACCAAGAGUCUUAUAGCAAUUCACACAACAUGAAUGCGCUGGUGGAUAUAUAUCUUCUGAGCAUGUGUGAUUUUCUGGUUACCACACAGGUUUCCACUUUUGGGUAUGUGGCUUUUGGUCUUGCAGGGGUGAGUCCCUGGUUUUUGAAGGAUCCACGCGAUUAUGAGAGGAAUCCUUCGGAACCAGCUUGCCACCGUGCGGUUUCGCCGGAGCCUUGUUUCCAGUUUCAUCCGACUGAUUAUGACCCCAUUGCGGCUCUUCAUCGUGGGGCGGCGGGGCCUGCUCCGGUAAUUAUGUACUGUGAAGAUGCUAUAUGGGGAUUCAAGCUUGCAAAUAUGAUGAGUUUUUGA